AUGGCUGCAACGAGGAUAAAUGGCCACGCUGAAGAGUGGUCAAUGACGGGAGCCUCGAAAUGUAAUUGUUGUCCGUAUGGAUUUCACAUAGAUCUUGGAUUUGUUGAUUUUAUAGAGAAUGUUGCAAAUGAAACCAGCACUGUCACAACUACGAACGAUCGAAAUGACCUACAGAGAAAUUCACUGAAACACAUGAGUGAUCAGGAUAACACCGCCAAUAAUUCAAAGCAAUUGAUUGAAAGGAUUUCAUUUAACCCGUUAGAUUCUAUUUUCAGUUCUCCUCACACUAAAUGCUUUAUCAAAUCAGAAGAAUUGGUUGGUGAUAAAACAUCACCAGUGGAGAGACUGAAAUUAACUUCUCUGAUUCUGUUGUCCACAGCCUGGGAUCUGUUCAAAUUAUUCGACAAGACUACUUAUUCAUCACUUUUCAGUGACUCAUUGGAAAACGUAGUAAGCGACUUUGAAGAAACUUUGAAUUUGCGGGAAAGCAAUUCAGAACGAGGAUCGCGACAUCCACUAAAUAAUGCACGAAAAAAUAUACAAUGCAAUGGUUACUUUUCAGAUUAUGGCACAAUGCAAAGUAGCAAUCGGCUAUUGCCGCCAAAAAUGCGUUAG